CUGCCCGAUUCUCAGAUUUGAUACGAGCGAUCAGUUGUCCUAGACUUGGAAGACUUUCUCCUUCCUUGAUUUGAUCACGAGAUGGCUGACCAAAGCCCAGUCGAACCGGUUGCGGGAACAAUAGCCUCCUUUCGAUCAAGUAACCCGAAUGGAAAGUCAGAACAAGAAUAUCAAGGAAUUUUCAGACAGGCAAUCAGACAGUUAUACAACCGAGCGACCACCCACAAAAAGCGGACGUUCGUCAAUCGGACAUUGUCCACUCCUCACAUGGUCCCUCGGGAACAGAUAUCAGGACGCGAUACCGCAAACCGAUUGGGACAGACCAUCUUACCCGCGUUGAAAGAAAAGUUAAGGUCAUUGCCCAUCGCUAUGGAUCCGUCAGACGUGAAAAGCGGAUCGAGUUCGUGGUUCGAGGCGAUUUUGGAUAUCUUGAUAGAGAUCGACGAGCUGUUGGAGCAAAUCGAUGCAUCGAUUAUCUUGAUUCGGAGGGCUUGGAGACCAUAUCCAGACAAAAUACCAAGCCCUCGCCACCUGUCUCACUUCAAAUCAACAACCAUCACGAACCGAACUGAAAAGCUUCUCACAGGCGAAUUUCUCCGAGUACUUGUCGCAUGUGACACAUUUUUUAUCAAUUUCAGUUUUUCAGAUCCAUCGAUUGACCGGCGUUCAAUUACAGAGAAAUGGGAUGCUGUCGACAUUCGCACGUCUCGAUCACUUGACAGCAUCGAUGCUCUAACCCAAUGGAUGCAAAAACCCAUGUUGGCCGUGGCAAAAGAAGAGUGGCAAGACCUGGUCGACCAGCUCGAUUCCUUGUUGACAUCCCUUCUUAAAGAUUUAAAUCCGCUCCACCCAGCGUCCCAAAAGAUCGACAUCUUAACUCCCACAGGGAUGAAGUUCGUCAAAGCGGGUAUUCCCGUCGUCAAGAUAUCUCGGAUAUUUUUCAACAAACUAAUUUCGCGAUCGCCCGAAAGUCAGCCAUUGAUUUUUGUGGGCCCAUCGAUGGAUAUGGAAGAAGCCGAAUUGAAAGAGCUCCUCUACUGGACCGGCGAAACGCUGACGGCUUUAUACGACUUCACGGGUCUGAUUAGUAGUUUGCCCAGCCGUCGUCGAGCAGUUGUGGAUUCGUCGAUCCAUGUUACAGGGGUGUUGCUCGAGUGCACGAUGAUCCUAGAAAGAUACUGGAAGAAUUUGGCGGAAAGUAAGGACCCGCAAGUUGAUCAACAAGUCGUUCGGGGCGCUUGUGAUUGGCUCGAGUUUUGGACCCCACUCAUGCAUUGUGCGACCGGACAUGCAUGGGCAGUCACUGGUUGCCAUUUCCCCUGGCCAGACCCUCAAGACGAGGUGGAUACCGAGGACGAUGGAGUUUUUGAUGAGGGGUUUGGACUCCAUCUCGGUGGGUACGGACUCAAUUCCGGGGGCGAAUUCGAUGAUGAAGACGGCCCUGAUGAUGAUGACGAUCUUGAUGAGGAGGAAGAAUCAAAGGAUGAAGACGAAUCUGAUAGUGGAGACGACUCUGAUGACGAGGACGAAUCUGAUGGCGAGGAAGACUCUGUUAAUGAACAAGCCACUGAUGAUCACAAAUAA